AUGCUAGCUCGCGACUUCAAGCGUGUCGUCCUCAUUGUUGGGCCUUUCCUCUUCCUUGUCUACAUUGGCAUUCGAUGUCUCGACUUUAGGGACUCUUCAUCAGGUUUUAACACCUGGUUCGAUCACAUCUUUGCGCCGAACUGGAGGCAAGCCGAUGAGCUCAAACCUCACUCCCGGCCGGCCCCAUCGGCUGCCGCACCUCCACCUGCCCCGGAAGACACAGAGCCCCCUAUCGCGGUCCCUCCAACGGUCCUACCACCGACGCCACCUUCGGAUUCUAUUCCAAUUGCCACGGAGCGGACACAUCAUGAGGUCUUCUCAAUAUCUACCUUCGACAAGAGGUUCUUCCCCAUACACUUCGGCGACGAAGAUGCCAUGAAUCCCAACAUCUUGCCCCAUCCUACUCUCGAUAACACAUACAUCAUUGUUGCGCAGAGGCGCAAGACGCACGAUGACAAGACAGCAGAACAUUUUGAGCUUGUCUGCAAUGCUGUCUUCACCAUGGAAGGCCUCUCCUGCGUGGAGGCACCAACGACGCUUCCAAUCGCUGCCACCAAGAGUGGCGAUGACAAAUGUCCCCCCAAACUGGCCUACAUCGCCAUGAACAUUGGGCCUCACGAUGCCCGUGUCUUCCACGGUCCGAAGGCACCAUUCAUUACCUUUGGCUCCAACUCGCUCUACUGUUGCUUCGGACAAUUCAUGCAAGAUUUCCGGACGCUGGGCAACUGGGGCUUCCAGAUGUCACUGGAUCAGGGCUUCAGCACUGGCACUGAGCUACAGCGCCCACCGCCUUGGGGGACCAUGGAAAAGAAUUGGUUCCCAUUCUGGGAUGAGGAUGGUGCCGUGUACGUGCACCACGAUGUGGCGCCAAAGAGAGUGUUCUCGAAAGUCAACCUCGACGGCUCUGUGGGGCCGGACCUGGCGCUUCUAGCCCCCGGAGAUGAGGCAUGUUUGGAGAGAUACAUGCCGAAGCUGCCGCCGGACUUGGAGUCCAUACAUCAGGCGACCAACUCCCUGAGCAUCACGUUCUGCAAACGGAUGGACGUGAACUGCAAGCCUACCAGCGACAACACAUUCAUCUUCACGAUCUUUCAGCACAAGACUUUCUAUCACUUUCACAGCGAGUACGAACCGUACAUCAUGGUCUUCCAGCAAAAAGCACCGUUCGAAGUCUUUGCUGUCUCGAAGAAACCCAUAUGGAUUCACGGUCGGGAGAAGAAGGACACUGGGGCGUCUGACAUGUUUUAUGUAACGUCGAUAAGCUGGAAGACGAAGGGACAAAGGUAUCAUGGAUACAUGGACGACACUCUUUUCCUGGCCUUCGGUAUCGAAGACAAGAUGGCUGGUGGUAUUGACGUUACCGCCGAGGAUUUAAUAUCAGAGCUUGGGACAUGUCUGGAGACCUGA